UCUUCACCUGGUCACACCAAGAAAAAUAUUAAUGCUGACCAUAACAAACUGUGCAACAUCAUAAAGAUAAGAAACAAUAACAUGUUUGUGAAUUCAAUACCUUUGUUUAAAUAAAUGAUUGGAACCCGUGACGUCCUCUUCCGCGGGAAAUGCGACCCCCACAGUUCCGCAAAUAGAGUUUAAAGGUCAAAUAUCAGCUGACUGUAACUGCGCAGACAACAGAAGCAGCAUUUAAAUGCACAAUAAUCAUCGUAAAGCUUUGUGGGCUGAUUCACUUGUUUACGCAGGCACCUUUAUCAUCCGACCCGAUAACCUGUUAGCUAUAUAGAGACUAUACGCCAUAGGCGUCACUCCUGCUUUGUUUACAAGCAAACGCACAUCGCACAAUGAGGCUCAAAUCGGGAAUAUUUCUGGUGCUGCUAUUGGCCACUUUUCUGGGUCUAGGCGAAUGCUUUUGGCCCUGGCCUUUUACCAGAAAACACAGGUCUAACCCACCACCACCGCCUCCGCCACCUCCUGAACCCAAGCUUUCGCCCGUGAUUUUUGUUCCCGGCGAUGGAGGCUGCCAGCUAGAUGCCCGCCUAAAUAAGUCCAGCGCUCCUUAUUUAUUUUGCCAAAAGACCCACGACUGGUACAAUCUCUGGCUGGAUCUCGAGCAGUUGGUCAUUCCCAUGGUGUAUUGCUGGAUAGACAAUGUCAAGUUGUACUACGACAAGGUCACCAGGACCACCCACAAUACGCCUGGUGUGGAGACAAGGAUUCCCGGCUGGGGCAAUCCGGAGGUCGUCGAGUGGAUCGAUCCAACAAAGAACAGUGCCGGAGCCUACUUCAAGGACAUCGCCAAUGUGCUGGUGGAUCUGGGCUAUGUCCGCAAACUGAACAUCCAUGGAGCACCCUACGACUUCCGUAAAGCGCCGAAUGAGAACAAACAAUUUUUUAUCGAUCUCAAGCAACUAGUGGAGGACAGCUACGAGGCCAAUAAUCAGACAGCUGUCACCUUUAUCACCCACAGCAUGGGCAGUCCCAUGACCCUCGUGUUCCUGCAGCAGCAGACCGUCCAGUGGAAGGCCAAAUACGUAAAGCGACAGAUCAGCCUCGCCGGAGCUUGGGCUGGCAGCUUUAAGGCGGUGAAGGUUUUUGCCAUGGGCGACGAUCUCGACUCCUUUGCUCUGAGUGCCAAUAUACUCAAGGCCGAGCAGAUAACACAUCCAUCCACUGCUUGGCUUCUGCCAUCGCCGUUGUUUUGGAAACCAUCAGAGGUUUUGGCCAUGACCCCAAGCAGAAACUAUACGAUGGCACAGCUCAAGGAGUUCUUCAACGACAUAGACUACAUGACGGGCUGGGAAAUGCGAAAGGAUACGAUUCGAUACAGCCAAAACUUCAGUCCACCCGAUGUGGAGUUGCAUUGCCUGUAUGGCGAUGGCUUAGACACGGUAGAGAGGUUGCAGUACAAAAAGUCGAAUAUUGCUGGAGAAACGCCAAAGCUUAUUAUGGGCCUGGGCGAUGGCACUGUGAACCAGCGUUCUUUACGAGCCUGUCAGUAUUGGUCGGGCUAUUCCAGCUCCCCGAUAAACACACUGGCCCUGCAGGGCGUGGACCACAUGCAUAUCUUGUCUAAUCCAGAUGUCCUCAAAUAUGUUCGCACUGUCAUGCAGCAGCCGUAAUCUCUAGUGUCCUGUUUUAUUAGGUUAAGAGUUUCUUGAUUUAAAAAUCCCAUGCGGUAUCUGUAAAAUUUAAAUACAACAACAAUGCCAAUUUUAAUGUUAAAUAAAUGUAAUUCGUUAAGUAGCACAAACCUAAAGGAGUAGAACCUCGCUUUGCAUUUUCUUUAAUUUUUCUUUAUUGUUAUCUUAUUGAUUUAUGCUUAUAAGAUGAGAUAUCGAAUCACGUGUGUCAAUGUCAAUGCAUAACGCUUUUUAUUACUCAAUAGUGUUUCAUUUUCCUCUUGGUUUUAUUCGUUUUUAUUGUUUUCCAUUUUCAUUUUUUCAUUUAAUAAAUUGUUUAUAUGUAUUUUACAAAGCGUUUACUUAGAUGUAUUCCAUUUUAAUUAUACCGAAUAAUUUGUUAAUUAUUGCACUAAUAUUUAAUUUCAUUCACUUUCCUCCCGCCUCCACUUUGCUAAUUUAUUGUAGUUGACAUUGUUCAUUACUUUUGGUAUAAUUUUCCAUUUAAAGUAUGCUCUCGCUUAUGUACUCCGAUAUCUGGAUAGAUAUAGAAAAAAGUGUUUUUUCGGUUGCAAUUAGGAUAAAACUAAAGUUGUCGAAUGAUUCUAGUGUUUUCGAUAAAAUCAAGAAAUAUAUAUUUACAAAUUGUUUGCUCAUACAAAAAUCGCUGUCGUAGGCUUAAUUUGUGGACAUUUUCGCUAUAGUUUUUUGCUGGCUGCGGGUCAUGUUUUCGGUUUUUCGCUUUUUGAGCUUACAAAGCAUAUUUAAUUUGUAAUUCGUUUAGGUGAGCGAUUUGUGCGGGUGUUGUUUAUUUACUUGUUAGCUAAAUAUAUACAUACAUGUUUAUAUAUUUAGUAUAUAUUUGAUUUUAUGUUGCUGCAUGUGGGUGUGUGUCUGUGUGGGAGUGAGUGUUUGAGUGUGUGUGUGUUGAAAAUUGGACUUAAAGAACGAUUUUUUUCCUGUUUUUGUCAGUAUUUGAUUUUUGUUUUUUACUUUUCUGCUUCUGCGGGCUUGUCCCUUUGUUCAACAAAAUUUGUGCUCUCGUUCCAUAGUUGCAGUUAGGGUUUUACAUAUAUAAUGUACGGAUAUUAUAUAUAUAUAUAUAUAACUAUAAUAUGACCUUUAUUUUCCUUGACUCAAAUCAAAGUGAUUCUGAAAUCGAUACCCCAAAAAGUCCGCCACAUUCUGCGUGUUCCGUUUCAAAGAGUUUUACGUUUAGUAUAAAAAAUCAUUUUAUCGAAAGUAUAAAAAUCGUAUUUAGCCAUAGUGUCUCUUCUAGAUCUUGUAUCUAUUUUGGUUUCGUUACGUUUUUUCAUCUUUAUUAAAUCUUUGUUUUGUUUCGUUUUCUUAGCAAAAGCGGGUGUAUCUUCUUCAAGCAGGUAUUCGAAUGUUACUUGGCAGGAUUAUUAUUUUCCAUAGUAUAUAUAUAUUUUUGUUAAAUAGUUUUAUAAAAGCUUAGUGUUCGAGUCGUAUCGAAUGUGUGUGUUGUGUGGUGUUGUGGCGUGGUGUGUGUUUUUGUAUGUGGUUUUAGGGUGUUUUAGGCCUUUUUUCUGUUCUGUUCUGUUAUUUUAUUAGUUGCCUUGUUUGUUUGGUUUUACAGCUAAUAUGCUCUGUUAUUGUAUUAUCUGAUGCAAUAUAUAGAACUCACAUUAGGCGACAUUGACGACUUAGCGGACUAGUUAAUUAAUUACUGGCUGCUCAAUAGGUAUCUACAAUGGAAUCCGUUACCAAUGGGAAUGAUAUCAAAAAUGAUUAUUGUUAAAUACAUUUUGUAGUACGUUCUUUUGUUUUUCCUUUUCGGUAAUUAAAUUAAUUAAAGCUU